GAUGCUUUUGACAUACGGCGCUUGGUGAGGCUAUGGUGUUGUAUUUGUCGCCUCAAUAAUGAUAACAGGCACAGCUUCAAAACAUUCGAUUUUGUAGAUUUAAACGUGUAAAAACUGUUAUAAUUUUGAUAACAUAUUUUUGGAAGAAUUUUAAGGGCUUUUCUGACCAGCAAAUCAAAAGAAAGAACGAAAAAUACAUUUCACGAAACGUGCGCAAAAGCAUAGACCAUUACCUAAGCGCAGUUGUUGUGGCCCAUAUUGCCCCAGUGUUUUGACGUUUCACAGUUUGUUUACAUAUGCCCAUUUUGCCCCAGGGCUAUGCCCAUUUUACCCCGUGUGUCAAAAUAGCUUCUCGUAAAACAUCAACUUUUAUUUUACAUUAUUUUAUUGUUUUUAAGUUGUUUUCAUUCUAUGUGGCAAUUUUAAUCCAUAGAUAAAUGGUGGAGGCAUACAAUAAUGAAAGAAAAAUUGUGUUUUGUGGCAUAUUCAAAGGAAUAUUCAGUAAACUGCUUAACAUGCCCAUUUUGCCCCGCUUUCCCCUACGAAUACUGAUACCAAAAACACAAUCGAACCCAUCUUUUAUAGCGCCUCCUACCGGAAGUCCAAAACGAAAGGAAAACUCCGUCGUCAAGGUCCAACAGAAGGCCGGAAAAGCGUCGCGUUUGGCUCGUUAUAAAAGCAGACGAUCAUUGGGACAAACGAUCACAGUUCACUUGCAACGUUUUCGCGAUCAUAUCCAAUCGAUCAACGCACUCAACUGUGACCAUGAAGGGAUUCAUCGCGAUCGCUGUGUUGGCUCUGGCCACCGUCUCCCAAGGAUCAUAUCUGCCAGCGGUGCAGUCGGUCCUUCCGUACGCCUACAGCUCUGGACUCCAUGGGCUGGGUGCCUAUGAUGGUCUCGGCCAUUACUCGUCGCUCGGUGGACUGGGAUACUCGUCCGUGCUGGACCAUGGCCUCUCCUACCCGUACUCGGCCGCUCUUCCGUACUCUGUCUACAACAACGGUCUGUAUGGAGGAUACUAUGGCGCCAAGUACGCUCCGACUGUGGUCCAGGCCAACGUGAACACUCUGAAAACGGUCAGCCCGCUGGGUCUGUAUGGCGGAUACUAUGGCGCCAAGUACGCUCCGACUGUGUUCCAGGCCAACGUGAACACUCUGAAAACGGUCAGCCCGUUGGGUCUGUAUGGAGGAUACGGUGUGGAGCACGGAUACGGUCUCGGUCACGGAUACGGCUACGGAUACAACAACUACCUCCCAGUCCAGGGUCAUGCUGCGAAGUACGUUGCUGCCAAUCCGGGAGCCGUCCAUGUGGCUCCUCUACCAGGCCAUCUGGUCAACCAGAAGUCGAUUGUGGCGUAAAUGACUGUGAUCUCGAUCAAACGUGUAUGGAAUUGUAAAUAAAUGGAGUAUUUAAC